CGAUGCGUGCAGGUCGGUGCCGGAAAUUUAAGCGUGAAGAUAUCGCCAUUUGGGCCAUGAUGGCAUUUUUCUUUACUCUUGCUUUACUAAUAAUUAUUCCCAAUAUUAGACUUAGGCAGGAAAAUCCUUCUUUGAAUCGUUGAAAUAAUACAGUGCCAAUAAAAUGAUUGAACAUUUUCCCACUAUAAUUUAUAUUUUCAGCAGCAUAAACCUUAAAACAUGUAUGGUGUUUGAGCCUUUAACUCUCUUUUUAAAUACUUAGGACUUAAAAUAUUUAAAUAAA